AUGUGGUGGAUGCUGUUUCCCCGAUGGAUUUGGUUUGUUCUGGGACAUUGUUUCACAUCUCUGCUUUUUAUGGGCAGCUCCCGCGUGAGAGCGAUGCCCAUGUCCAUGGGCUCUGUGGCAAAGCUGGUGUACUCUCACGCAGGUUUGUGCCCAAAUGACCUGAACCCCAACCUGUGGGUGGAUGCGAUGAGCACCUGCAUGCGCGAGUGUGAAUCUGAUCAGGACUGCGAGUCAUUCGAGAAGUGUUGUCCUAACGUCUGUGGAAACAAGAGCUGUGUGGCAGCACGCUACAUAGACAUCAAGGGCAGUAAGGGCCCCAUUGGAAUGCCAAAGGGCGCCACCUGUGACAAGUUCAUGUGCUCUCAGCAAGGCUCCGAGUGCGACAUCUGGGAUGGUCAGCCUGUUUGUAAGUGCCGGGACCGCUGUGAGAGAGAGCCCCACUUCACAUGUGCGUCUGAUGGCAUGACUUAUUACAAUAAGUGCUACAUGGAUGCAGAGGCCUGUUCCAAGGGUAUCACUAUCACUGAGGUCACCUGCAGGUACCACUUGACCUGGCCAGACACCAGUCCAAAUCCAGAAGGGACCACCUUACACCCCACCACUGCCCUCCAGACCACCCUCCCAGCUGACAUCCAGCUCCCCUCCAUCCACGGCAGCCUCACCCAACAGGCUGUCUUUGUGGGCGAGACAGCCAGCUUCCUGUGUGAGGUGUCUGGGAAGCCACGGCCUGAAAUCACCUGGGAGAAACAACUGAAGGGCAAAGAGAACACCAUAAUGAAACCCAACCAUGUCCGAGGGAACGUCGUGGUCACUAACAUUGGUCAGCUCGUCAUAUACAACGCUCAACUUCAGGACGCCGGCAUCUACACUUGUACAGCCAAAAAUGUCGGAGGGAGUGUGUCAGCACACUUUCCCUUGGUGGUAAUCAGGAAAGAAGCGAAGGGUAAGAAUACAGAAGGGAACAGUACCAAUCUGCCAUUUCCAGCUGAAGAGUGCCUCAAGAAUCCGGACAUAGACGACUGUGGAGAAGAGAGCAUGAGCUGGUACUAUGAACCAAAGAGGAACAACUGUUUCACCUUUACAUACAGUCAGUGCAAUAAAAACCGGAACCAUUUUGACACCUAUGAAACCUGCAUGCUGUCAUGUGGAGGAGAUCUAGCGGCUCCCUGUAGCCUCCCGAGCCUCCAGGGGCCUUGCAAAGCCUACGAGCCUCGCUGGUAUUACAGCAGCACCCUCAAAAAGUGCCAGAACUUUGUGUACGGUGGCUGUGGAGGCAACGAAAACAACUUUGAGUCCAAAGAGGCCUGUGAUGAGAUGUGUCCCUUUCCAAAGAACCACAACUGCAAGAUUUGUAAACCCCGGGGCAAGAUGGUCAACAGUUUCUGCAAGAGUGACUUUGUGAUCCUGGGCCGUGUGACCGAGUUGACGGAGGAGCAGGAGUCGGGCCACGCUUUAGUGACGGUGGAGGAGAUCUUGAAGGAUGAGAAGAUGGGCUUGAGGUUCUUCGGGAAGGAGCCCUUGGAGGUGACACUUCUGAACAUGGACUGGAACUGCCCUUGCCCCAACAUCACCACAGCAAACGGGCAGCUCAUCAUCAUGGGGGAUGUGCACAACGGGAUGGCCAUUCUGCAGCCCGACAGCUUCGUAGGCUCGUCCAGCUCUCGCAAAGUCAGGAAGCUUCGUGAGAUUGUACACAAGAAAACCUGUGAUUUUCUGAAAGAUUUCUCUGCUGUUCAAUAG